AUGGCCGAGGGAUCAGAGCCAGCCAGCGUGGAUUUCAGUAUCUGCAUUGUUGGUCUGGCUGAGGGGAUUGAGUCCAGCAUCAGCAAAUUUGCAGAUAACACCAAGCUGGGUCCCGACGGCACCAGCGCUCCCCUGGAGAUUGUCCUGCUGGACAAGGUGUCCAGUGGCUUCUCCGGUGUGGUCCAGCUGCUGGAGUGGGUUGAGCUCCCCAACGACAUCUUCAUGGUGCUGGAGCGGCCGGAGCACUGUCAGGACCUGCACCAUUUCAUUCAAGCACGGGGCUUCCUGUCCGAGGGGGUGGCGCGGCAGCUGUUCCGGCAGGUGCUGGAGGCCGUGCGGCACUGCACCAGCUGCGGGGUCCUGCACCGCGAUAUCAAAGCAGAGAACAUCCUGGUUGACCUGGCCACCGGGCAGGCCAAAUUGAUUGACUUUGGCUGUGGCACCUACCUGCAAGAGACAGCCUACACUCACUUUGCAGGAACACCAUCAUACAGCCCCCCGGAAUGGACCCGCUUUGGCUGGUACCAUGGCAAGCCAGCUACCAUCUGGUCCCUGGGCAUCCUGCUGCACGAGAUGGUCUGUGGGAAGAUGCCUUUCAGGAGGGGCUGGAACUUCAAGAUGAAAAUCAGGGUGAGUGGUCUCUUUGUCUCCAACCCACUGCCAGCCCCGGGCCAACGUUAG